CACAACGGCAGCUUCCUGUUGGCCCAGACGCGCACAGUCCUUUACAUGGGUGUUGUAAGCGCCCGGCCUGAGACAGAUGGAGCCUGGUAGUUGGAGUGACACCGGCCACCGCUCCUCUGCCGGGGACAGCGCGCAGGGAUGGACGACGGAGUCCAAGGGGGCUGGUGUGGAGAAAAAGGGACCAUAUCUGAUGAGCAAGGGUCCUACCAUCCAGGCCAAGUUACAGAGGCAGCGAGACAUGGCACGGGCCACUCUCAGAAAGAAAGGAAUGCUUGGAGGAACAGGAAAAAUGAAGGCAGCACCUAAAAGGUCAGUAAAGUUUAACAGGGGAUAUGCAGCCCUCAGCCAGGCAUCUGACGAAACGCUAGUAUCCUUGGAGUCUGACAGUGAUGUAGAGUUGGAAUCUAGAUGCUCCUCUGGAUAUUCCUCAGCAGAGCAGGUCUCACAAGACCUUAACAGGCAACUUCUCCAGGACGGCUAUCGCUUAGAUGAGAUUCCAGAUGAUGAAGAUCUAGAUUUGAUUCCCCCCAAGCCUGUACGUUCAUUCCCCUGUUCAUGCUGCUUGGGGGAAUCUUGGGCGUGCUGCAUCCAGUGAUCAAAUAUGGGAAAAAUAUAUGUUGUCCCAACUUCUAUCCACUAGCUGCCACCUCAGCUUUCUCUAAUCUUGGGAGGUCACUGAUCAGGCAGUCUACAGAACUGACAUGUAUGGAUAGACGACCUACACCUGGCAUGUAUAGGCCCUCUUGAUACAGAACGCCUCUAUGAAAAGCCUGGCUUUGUUACAUGCACCUAAGAACACUAUUCAUGGCCAGAUACUUUAGCUUGAAGUAACAUAGAAGAAACUGCUAUAUACCUUGUGACAAUCAUUUCCAAAGAUGUUAUCUAUGGUGCUUUUAAAAUGGUACAAAGAAAGCUAACAGUGAUUCCAAAGAAGGGGGACAUCAGCAUUGAUGAACAUGAGUCUCAUGGGUUUGAUGCCCUUCUUGUAUUCUCAAUGGGACAGUCUGUUUGGCUGAUGCUAUGUACUACACCAUACUGUGUUAAUGCUCUGAUCUGUCCUCUGUUACAUCAUGGAAACAGGUCAUUCACUGAGUUACUGAAUACGGACAGUGGGAGUUGUGAUACAUUAAGUAAUGUUAAAGCGGAUGGGAUUCAGUUGAAGAAACUGAGAAAUUUGUCUAGCCAGAUCUUUCAUUGGUUCCUUCUGUUACAGUUUUAGGAAAUGUCCACAUCACAUUAUAUUGAGUAAGUGCAAGUAGGGUGGACGUGAAUGUUUACGUACUGUAAAGUAACACUUCCUUUACAAUGAAAUAGGCUUAUAAUGUAAGACGUUGAAGUGUUGCGUUUAUAUAUCUUUAGCAAGAAUGCUCUGCAAAACAAGCAAGAACUAACUUUAAGGCUGCGUGCACACGGUCGUGCUUGGUCCGGGCAACGGCAACAGUUCCUAGACCAACUAUGGCUCAUUUGAGCUGAACUAGCUGCAUCACACUGAAUGAUGCUGUGAGUUCCUGUCCAACUAUGGCUCUACUGUCCCGUACUCAAACGAUGCCUUGAGUUCUGCCCGACAGGGGGUCUACUGUCCUGUACUCGCAGCAUCAUUUGUGUAUGGGACAGUACACCAGUGAUUGAGCUGGAACUCACCGCAUCAUUGAUCACUACACUUUAGUGAGUUUAGCUCAGAUAUGCAGAGGUCAGUCCAGGAAAUUCGUCUGUCACACGGACCAAACAUUGCCAUGUGCAAGCGCUUACAGACACAAGUAACUCUAAUACAAAUGUUUAGCUGAAAAUAAGUAUCUUUAAUAAACUCUCUUUCUGUUUUA